CAGUUAACCAAAGGGGAAAUUUCUCAGCUCUGCACUUCUGCUUUUGAAGACCAUAAAACAGUGAGGGAGAAAUUGGUAGUCAGACACUUCUUCGAGGCACGACAGGCCACUCCAGGAUUCUGUUCUCUCCAGCCAGUCUUCAGUGCUCAGGUUUCUGAGGCAGCCAUGGCAGCAGUACCCGACACCAGUGACAUGAUGACUUACUGCAGCGGCAAUGAGAAUGACCUGUUCUUUGAGGAGGAUGGCCCAAAACAGAUGAAGGGCAGCUUCCAAGACCUGGACCUCAGCUCCAUGGGCGAUGGGGGCAUCCAGUUGCAAAUCUCCCACCACCUCUACAACAAGACUUUCAAACAUGCCAUGUCAAUCAUUGUGGCUGUGGAGAAGCUGAAGAAGAUACCCGUUCCCUGCUCACAGGCCUUCCAGGAUGAUGACUUGAGGAGCCUCUUUUCUGUCAUCUUUGAAGAAGAACCCAUCAUCUGUGACAACUGGGAUGAAGGUUAUGUAUGUGAUGCAGCCAUGCAUUCAGUGAACUGCAGACUCCGGGACAUAUACCAUAAAUCCCUGGUGCUGUCCGGUGCAUGUGAGCUGCAGGCUGUCCACCUCAAUGGAGAGAAUACAAACCAACAAGUGGUGUUCUGCAUGAGCUUUGUGCAAGGAGAAGAAGAGACUGACAAGAUACCUGUGGCCUUGGGCCUCAAGGGAAAGAAUCUGUACCUGUCUUGUGGGACGAAAGAUGGGAAGCCCAUCCUGCAGCUGGAGACAGUAGACCCCAAUACUUACCCAAAGAGGAAAAUGGAAAAGCGAUUUGUCUUCAACAAGAUGGAAAUCAAGGGCAACGUGGAAUUUGAGUCUGCAAUGUACCCCAACUGGUACAUCAGCACCUCUCAAGCAGAAAAAAAGCCCGUCUUCCUAGGAAAUACCAGAGGCGGCCAGGACAUAACUGACUUCAUCAUGGAAAUCACCUCUGCCUAAGAAUACUACAUCCAGAGAGUCCACAUGUGAUGAAUACAGCUUAAGAGUGGCAGAAGGGAAUAGAAGGGUUUGAACAUGCUGCAGGCUGCACUUCACUGUUGUCUAAUCAAUGCCCAGCUGCCUUCCCUAUAUUAGUGCUAAGGAGAGCUCCUGCCCAGCAGGCGGGUGGAGCAGCCCCGUCUCCCAGAGCCAAUCCUCAGACCCCCUCUGCUGAGCAGGGCCUCUCUCACCUCUGCUACUCACUCAAAGUCAGCCUGGUGGAAACUUCUGCACUUCAGUUCAAAGAAACCCUCUGUCGUUUGCACCCAGCUUCUGAUGAGCAACUGCUUAAUUAUUUAUUUAUUUAUUUAUUGGUGGGUUAGUCUAUUUAAUUUAAUUCAAGGUGGCCAGGAAGCAGCACUGUCUGUGAAUGAGCCCAAUCUUCAACAUCUAUGGAACCAGUUUAAUUUGGACUAGUGUACCAUGUUUAUACCAAGUCCUUUUACCAAGCCUGAAAAUAUGUCAGCUCAGAUUAUUUAAAUAGGAAUAUUUAUGAGGAAAGAAGGAUGAUCACACUGUUUCAAUAAUUCUGAAAUAAAUUUUGCUGAAAAUAAA